AUGCACUCGUUCUCACUCCGAUUCGCUCUUCUCGCCGUGAUCGCCUGCGCAGCAGUCCUGGCCGGUAAGCUCCAAAAAUUCCGAUAAUAUCAAACCUAUAAUAUCCGACUGAAAAUGUUUUGUCUCGAAAAAGUGAUGCCAUAAUAGCCGCCUUGUGCUCUCUGACAUUCAAAUGUUUUCGGGUUUGACACGUGUCCUCGAAAAUGUCGUCCUCACCUUUUUUCUGAGUUUUUGAGUAGGUGUGGACGGCACUGAAAACAAAAGGAUUCUUGGCUUUGUUUAGUGAAAAAGGGGUGACGUGGCAAACGAGGUUGUAGUGGUAGUUGAACGGGUGGAGGUCAAGAGGUAAGGAUCAACUUAUCGUGACGUGGCAAAGAAGGUUGUAGUGGUAGUUGGCUGCCAACUUUGUGAAAAUGUUCAAUGACGUGACAACAUGUGCUUUCAUCAACUGACAAACGACAUCACUUUGUGAGCAAUGACGUCACGCACCCAUCUACAGUAAUCCAUCGCUCUCUCCCUUACCAGUACUUCUUCUUCUUCUUGUUCUUGUCACUUUUGAUCCACAACUCCAUCUUCUUCUUCUUCUUCUUCUUCUUCUCCUCCCCUUUUCGCCCAUUCAAAUUCCCUUUGUCAUGUAGUAGUAAUUCCUCGUCGCCCAUUUGUCAUUUUUUCGCGAAUUGCGGCCGUUGGCACCGCGAUGGGAGCAUAAAUUUUGCGCGGAAUUUCAAAUUUUCGAGCGAGAGAGCACACUGGCUUUUGUGUUCACGGAUCACUGCGUUUCCCGAAAAACGGUGACUCGGAAUGUGGUCCCACCGGGAUGGGCAGGGUACUUGGAACCGACUACAGUAAUCCUAGCCGAACAGAGAGGCCCUUGAGUUGAACCGAAUGAACUUUCCAUCAAGUUUACUCGAACCACUAUGAUUUAUCACCCCUCAAAUUGACGAAAACUCUGGAUUACUGUAGUUUGUGCCACGCCAAACCCACACCUACAUUUCCGAUCAGAAACGGAAGCCAGAGAAGACACAACAUCUAAAAAUAUCCGAAUUUUCUGAAAUCUACGGCUUCUCCUGCUUUUUCCGCUUGCAAGUCUUCCCGUUUAGUCCCUUCCAGACGCCCGUUGGUCCCCAAAGACCGGCGACAGAUUUGAGAGGGUUGUGUUUGAAAAUGAGAUGAAAUGGAAAUGGAAAAAGUUUGGAGACCAAGUAAUUGGGGGCCCAACUUGAGCACUCGUCGAUUAGUUUUUCGUAUAAUUUCGAGCACACAUGGGUCCCCUCUGUGUGUGCUCAGCGAGCUUUAAAGUUUCACAGAUGAGAGCAGGAGGAGCGGCGGAAAAUGAGGGAACUUGCACGUUUACCCUGAUUUCCAAGAGCUACACUGCCUUUAGGAGCAGUCGCACAAACAAGUUGUCAACUACAAAAAUGAAGCUCACACCUAGUACUCUACUUUUUCAGUUGACCCCUUUUUUGUACAAUCACUCCUACAAAUACUGCAGGUCUUGGAAGUCAGAGUAAAAUUGAAGAGCGCACUUCAUUACAGCUCUAACUUCCAAGAGCUACAGUACUCCAGCGAGUGGUCCUGUGAAAAAGUUGUCAAUUGGAAAAGUGGAAAACUAGGUCUGAAGAUUAUGCAAAAAUUUUUUUGGAGCAUUCGAACAUCAUCGAAACCCAAGACAUCCAGUCAAAGUUGACCAAAGUUCGUGUAGCCUUCGUUUCAUAGAAAUAGAAAAGUGCAGUCCUUUUCUCGGCGUUGUUCAGGUCGAAAAUAAGACUGAAAAGGUAUUAUUCCAAACGAGUCGAAUGACAAGACGAAAAAGUGUGUUGCACUCGACCAUUUUCCCAUGAAUUUCACCGAAUAAUUCAUUGCAAAAUGAGACGGAAGUGGGUCGUAGGUGGGAUUUUCGCAGCAUUCCUCAAAUGCACAUUCGUCACUUUUUCAAGAGAAAAAAUGAUGGGGUGGAUGUUUGGAUUCGAAUGAUCACUUUGCAGACUACGAUGACGCGGUGUAUCCAGUCGGCGCCGUUCCGGUCUCCGUUGAUCUUGACUACUUCUCCAACUGUAAGCUCAUCGAGGAUUACUGUAGUUCGGAGUAGUUGUACAAAAAAGUGGUCAACUACAAUUUUGAAGAACUAGUUUUGAACUGUAUUUUUGUAGUUGAUCACUUUUUUGUACGACUACUCUCUGGGAUACUGUAGCUCUUGAAAGUUAGAGCUCUUGCAGUAGACCUCCACUUAAUCUGAAGUUCAGAGAGCUACAGUAGGCUUGGGAAAGGUUGUUGACAAAAGUUGUCAACUACAAAAAUGUAGUACUAAUUGUGAACUUUAUUUUUCUAGUUGACAACUUUUUUGUACGACCACUUCCUGGAGUACUGUAGCAGCUCGAGCCAAAGUGCACUUUUUCAGACGCGAAAAAGGGCGGUCCGCAAGGUCCGCUUCGUUUCGGAAAGAGACGUGGUCCCUCUGGCCCGCUGCGCUUCGGAAAACGGUCGUCGUUGCACGCGGUCCCGGCGGCGGAAGACGUGCAAGCGUGGUACCAGUAG